CCGGCAAUAAUGGUAUUCCUAGAUAUGAAAAGUUUAGUAUAUUUUACCAUCAUUGUGGCUCUAUCAGUCGCUCUGAUUGCAGUGUGUAUCGAUGCGUACGCUGCACCAAAAAACACUUCGGAUCAAAACGUAACAUCGUACUGCGAGAAACCAUCUGUGACUACGGCCAGUGGAUCCUUCGUGAAGCGUGAAGCUUUCUGUUCUGGUGAUUUGAUUUUUGAGGACAACUUCGAUAAAUUGGACUUGGAGAAGUGGCAACAUGAGCAUACCUUGGGAGGUGGAGGUAAUGGGGAGUUCCAAUACUAUCUAAAUAGUCGCCAGAAUUCAUACGUCGAGCACGGGAUACUAUUUAUCCGACCUACAUUGCUUGCCGAUGAAACGGGAGAAGAAUUUUUGAUCAGUGGUAGCUUGAAUAUCCAUGGCGGAUCUCCUGGUGACUAUUGCACAAAUCCAGCAUGGAAUGGAUGCGAACGACUUGGUACGGAAGACAACAUAUUGAAUCCCGUAAAAAGCGCCCGAGUACGCACAGUCAAUUCGUUCAACUUUAAGUACGGCAAAGUCGAGAUUCGGGCGAAAACUCCCACUGGGGAUUGGUUAUGGCCAGCACUGUGGUUAAUGCCGAAGCUGAAUCAGUACGGAACGUGGCCAGCUUCUGGUGAAAUUGAUCUCAUGGAAUCACGAGGAAAUCCUAAAUAUUAUAACUCUAACGGCACUCACAUUGGCAUGGAACAAGUGGGAUCAACAUUGCAUUUUGGUCCAAAUCCAGGACUGAACGGAUUCGAAACUGCUACUGCAGUGAGAAAUUCUUCUCCAGGAAAUGGAUUCAAUAAAGAGUUUCACCGGUAUCAGUUAGAGUGGACACCAGAGUUUAUGAAAUUUAGUGUGGACGAUGAACAGCUGCUGCUAGUAGAGGGCAACUUUUGGGAGCGUGGAAGCUUCGAAGAGCGUGCUCCAGGAACACCGAACCCUUGGAUUAGUGGAGAAGAAAUGGCACCGUUUGAUGAGGAAUUUUAUAUUAUCAUGAACCUGGCUGUAGGCGGAUCAAACGGAUAUUUUCCAGAUAAUGCAAAUAAUAAUGGAAAAGUUAAACCAUGGGCGAACAACUCGACAACGGCAAUGAAAGAAUUUUGGACCGCUAAAGAUAGUUGGCUACCUUCUUGGAAGUUGGCGGAACAGAGAAGUAAGGAGGCAUCACUGCAAGUGGAUUACGUUAAAGUUUGGGCGUUGUAAUUAGCUUCUGUAAAUAGUCAGAGUAGGGGAGG